GCCGGCACCGCUCCGCCGCUCGCCCCCCGCCGCCCUUCGCCCCCCACCCCCGCCCUUCGCCCCCCACCCUUCGCCCCCCGCCGGGCCAUGGCCGACUGGGCCCCCGCGCAGGACCUGGAGUGGGCGAUGGAGCCCCAGGAGCUGGCUCUGGAGCAACCCCUGGCAGCCCCCGAGGAGGGCCCCGGCGGCGAGGCCGAGCUGCCGGCCGCCGAGCUGUCCCUGACGCUGGUGACCGAGGUGCAGGCGGUGGACAGGAAGGUGGACGCGCAGGCGGCGCAGCUGAUGAACCUGGAGGGCCGGAUGCGGAUGGCCGAGACCAAGCUGAUCGGCUGCGAGAAGACGGCCGUGGAGUUCGGCAACCAGCUGGAGAGCAAGUGGACGGCGCUGGGCACCCUCAUCCAGGAGUACGGGCAGCUGCAGAAGCGCCUGGAGAACAUGGAGAACCUGCUGAGGAACAGGAACUUCUGGAUCCUGCGCCUUCCCCCCGGCGCCAAGGGCGAGGUCCCCAAGGUCCCGGUGGCGUUCAGUGACGCUUCGUUUAGCUUCUCGGAGGAGGAGUGGAAGAACUUGAACGAGUGGCAGAAAGAGCUGUACAGGCAUAUCAUGAAAGGCAACUACGAGGCCGUGAUCUCGAUGGACACUGCCAUUUCAAAACCCGACCUCCUGUCGCGGAUUGAGCAAGGAGAGGAUCCCAACGCCGAGGACCAGGAGGACUCUGAGGGAGGAGAAACUCCCACAGACCCCAGCACUGAGUUUUCCUUUCCUGGUCCCGACGACAGCUCGUGGGGUAAAUACGAAGAGACUCUGGCUGAAAGUCACGACGGCUCCGAGGAGGAGGAGAGCAUGGAGGCCCCCAGUACAUAUGCGCAGCAGUGUGAUGAGGAAGGUCCUGACAGCCUUGAGCUUCCUAGCUCGUUAGCAGGAAAGUGGGAAGACGUUUUCUCAAACCCGGAGGAAGAGGUAAAGCCGAGCGGCAAGAGUCGGGGCGGGUCGACCCCGCAGCAGAGAGCCGCGACGGGCAACGGGCUGAGGCGCUCCGCUCGCCGCGGGAGAGACUUGGCAAAGAAGGACGCCGCCGAGGAAGCGGCCGCAGUGGAGGGGCCGUACAUCUGCUGCGAGUGCGGGCAGAGCUUCCUGGACAAGCAGCUCUUCGCUGCCCAUCAGAGAGCGCACGCGGGUGAGGAAGCCUGCACUUCCCUGGAGCCCGGGGAGAGCUUCAGGCAGAAAUCCAAAACCUCUCCGAAAGGCCAGUCCCGCUCCAAGGCGUCCAAGCGCGCCGACUCGGAGAAGAGCUCCGCUUUCAAGUACGGCUUCGUCAGGCACCAGGCGAACAACAUGGUGGAGAGGCCGUACACCUGCUCGCAGUGCAAGGAGAGCUUCAGCCUGGAGGUCAGCCUCAUCUUGCACCAGAAGCUCCACACGGGGAAGGGCGACGGGCCGCUGACCUGCACCUACUGCGGGAAGGACUUCCGAGACCUCUCCAAAGCCAUCCGGCACCAGCGCAUCCACACGGGGGAGCGGCCGUACCAGUGCACCGAGUGCGGGAAGAGCUUCAUCCGGCGGGACCACCUGCUCAAGCACUGGCGGGUCCACACCGGGGAGACCCCGUACCAGUGCCCCGUCUGCGGGAAGCAUUUCCGCUACAAAGAGUCUCUGAAUUGCCACCAGAAAAUCCACUCCCGCAACCCCCGGCCCACGGAGGAGUCGCAGCCCAACCUGGAGUCGGCCACUCAGACGGGCCACUUCUGCCUGAAAAAAGAAACUAAGCAAACUGGUGAACUGCACGAGCUCAGCAAGGGCCGCUCCUGCCCGUUCCUGUCCGCGCCCACCAUCCGAGGAGCCGCGUCCUGCGCAGCGCUGCUCGGCGCGGCGCUGGGGCUGCUGCGUGUGCUGGCGGCACCGGAGCUGGUGAUGCAGCCGCGCUGCCCCUCUCCCUUCCAGCCGCCCUCCGGCCCCGAGCGCACGUCGGAGCGGGAGACGCAGACGGCGGAGCUGUCCCUGACACUGGUGGCGGCCGUGCAGGCGGUGGAGAGGAAGGUGGACUCCCACGCCACCCGCCUGCUGGACCUGGAGGGCCGGACGGGGGUGGCCGAGAAGAAGCUGAUCGACUGCGAGAAGACGGCGGCGGAGCUGGGGAACCAGCUGGAGAGCAAGUGCGCAGCACUGGGCACCCUCAUCCAGGAGUACGGGCUGCUGCAGCGGCGCCUGGAGAACAUGGAGAACCUGCUGAAGAACAGGAACUUCUGGAUCCUGCGCCUGCCCCCCGGCAGGAAGGGGGAAGUCCCCAAGGUGCCGGUGACGUUCGACGACGUGUCCGUCUAUUUCAACGACAAGGAGUGGGAGAAGCUGGAGGAGUGGCAGAAGGAGCUGUACAAGAACGUGAUGAAGGGGAACUACGAGUCGCUGAUCUCGCUGGACUACGCAAUUUCCAAACCCGGUGUUUUGUCCCAGAUCGAGCAAGGGGAGGAAUCGCGGGUCAGGAAUGAGCAGGACUUGGAGGAGAGCGAGAUCAUAACCGACGCCACCGCAGCUGGCAUAAGGGUGGUGAUCAAAACGGAGGAGCUGCUUCCUGAGGACAGCCCCGAAAACCCAGAGCUGCACGGGAUGUCGGGACAGUCGGAGGGGAGCUUCCAGAGCCCGGACGAGGAGGCCGCCUGCGAGAGCCCCUACGGCUCCGUCUCCCCUCCGAGAGACCUCCCGGGCACCAGCCUGGGCGACCCCUCCGAGUACGUCGCUGACUUCAACGAGAUCCAGAGGGUCAUCGUGCACCACGGCAGCUGCACAGAGGACGGGAUCGUGAUCAAGACGGAGGAGGAGGAGGAGGAGGACGACCCGGACACGCUGGAGCCCUGCGCCAUGUUCUCGGGGAGGAGCGAGCCGCCGACCUUCCCCAACCACGAGGCCGGGCUGGGCUGCGAGGCGCAGUGCAGCUCCAAGGCGCCGCCGCGGAGCCUGGCGGCCGCCCGCGUGGGCAAAGCCCCCGCCUGCGAGAGGGACUCGGGGGAGAUGAAGCCGGCCAUGGCCCAGCAGCGCAACCGGACGAGGGAGAGGCCCUACAUCUGCCCCGAGUGCGGCAAGAGCUUCAUGCUCAAGAUCAACUUCGUGAUCCACCAGCGCAACCACCUCAAGGAGGGGCCCUACGAGUGCCACGACUGCGACCUCAGCUUCCGCAACAAGCAGCAGUUCCUGCUGCACCAGCGCAGCCACACGCGCCGCGGCGUGGGGGUGCCCCGGCGCCCCGAGCACGGCCUCAAGCCCCAGCCGCGUCCCCCGCCCCCGGGGAAGCCCUACAAGUGCUCCGAGUGCGAGAGCAGCUUCAGCCACAAGUCGAGCCUCAGCAAGCACCAGAUCACCCACGUCGGGGAGCGGCCCUUCACCUGCGGCGAGUGCCGGCGGAGCUUCCGCCUGCAGAUCAGCCUCAUCAUGCACCAGAGGAUCCACGCCGGCAAGAGCGAGAUGGCCUUCCUCUGCCCCCAGUGCGGCAAGAACUUCACCCGGCCCUCCCACCUCCUGCGGCACCAGCGGACUCACACCGGCGAGCGGCCCUACCAGUGCAGCCAGUGCGAGAAGACCUUCAGCGAGAAGUCCAAGCUCACCAACCACUACCGCAUCCACACGCGGGAGCGCCCGCACGCCUGCGCCGUCUGCGGGAAGGGCUUCAUCCGCAAGCACCACCUCCUGGAGCACCAGCGCAUCCACACGGGCGAGCGGCCCUACCACUGCACCGAGUGCGGCAAGAACUUCACGCAGAAGCACCACCUCCUGGAGCACCAGCGGGCGCACACCGGCGAGCGGCCCUACCCCUGCACCGAGUGCACCAAGUGCUUCCGCUACAAGCAGUCCCUCAAGUACCACCUGAGGACGCACAUGGGAGAGUGAGGGGCUGCCACGGCUUCCUCUCCCUUCCCUUCCCUCCCUCCCUCCCUCCAGCCCUCCUCCUCCUCCUCCUCCUCCUCCUCCUCCUUUGCUCAUCUCUCCCCACCCUCCCUCCAUCCCCCCCGGCUCAGGGCAUGGACAUCAAGGAAGCUUUGUGUGGUAGCGCCGCUGCUCUGGUGGAGACAGCUAGGCUGAUUGGAAAUAAAUUAAUUAAUUAAAGCAAGCAACGCGCGGCAAAAUUAAAAGAUUAUAUAUAUAUAAAAAUUAACAGCAGCAGCUGAUUUAGGGAGGAUCCUCACCAUCAACAACAGCAGCAACAACAAAGGAAACCUGUACAGGGUGUUUUGCCGGAGUAGGACUCUUAACUGCUUUUUAAAUCUACUGUUUGUUUGUUUUUUUUUUUAAUAAAUGUGGAGGAACUUUUUAUUUGAUAAGCAAA